CAGUAUUAGAGAGCCUUUAAUUUAGUCUAGUUGAAAUGGCGAAAAGAAAAGUAUUCUUUUGCCUCUUCUCAAGUCUCCUCGUCUUGUUUCUGAGGUCAGUCUCCGCAGAGGAUGAUCAUGAAGAUAAGCAGGUAUAUAUCGUUUACUUGGGAGCACUUCCGUCUCGAGAGGAUUACACACCAAUGUCCGAUCACAUGAGUAUUCUUCAAGAAGUCACCGGAGAGAGUUCGAUCGAGAAUCGCAUGGUGAGAAGCUACAAAAGGAGUUUCAAUGGGUUUGCAGCAAGACUCACUGAAUCCGAACGAAACAUAUUAGCCGGAAUGGAGAGAGUUGUGUCGGUGUUCCCAAGCAGAAAACUGAAACUCCAAACAACGUCUUCUUGGAACUUCAUGGGUCUCAAGGAAAGCAGGAAGACUAGGCGAAACCCUAGCAUUGAGAGCGAUACCAUUAUCGGAGUCAUCGACACUGGAAUCUAUCCUGAAUCUGAUAGCUUUUCUGACCAAGGAUUUGGUCCUCCUCCCAAGAAAUGGAAAGGAACUUGUGCUGGCGGCAAAAACUUCACCUGCAACAACAAGAUCAUUGGGGCAAGAGACUACAUGUCCAAAUCUAAAAAAAAUACAUCAGCAAGAGACUACUUUGGACACGGCACACACGCGGCGUCAACGGCUGCCGGAAACGCUGUCGCAAACACAAACUUCUACGGACUUGGAAACGGAACCGCGAGAGGUGGCGUUCCAGCCGCUCGAAUCGCCGUUUACAGAGUCUGCGAUGAUAAAGGUUGCGACGGAGAAGCAAUGUUGUCUGCGUUUGACGACGCAAUCGCUGACGGUGUGGAUGUUAUAACAAUCUCCAUCGUCCUUGAUAAUAUUCCAACGUUCAACCAAGAUCCGAUUGCGAUCGGGGGCUUUCACGCUAUGGCUAAAGGGAUUCUCACUGUGAAUGCAGCGGGUAACGACGGUCCAAAAAUCAGCACAGUCACGAGCACUGCACCUUGGGUGUUUAGCGUUGCGGCUAGCGUAACUAACCGUGCGUUUUUGGCUAAAGUUGUUCUUGGAGACGGCAAGAUACUUGUUGGGAGAUCAGUGAAUACUUAUGAUCUGAAUGGAACCAAGUAUCCUCUGGUUUACGGGAAAUCUGCUGCUUUGAGUACAUGUAGCCUAGAUAAGGCUAGGUUAUGUGAACCAAAGUGUCUAGAUCGAAAACUCGUUAAAGGGAAGAUUGUGUUGUGUGAUUCUAGGGAAGGUCCAAUAGAAGCUCAAAAACUGGGAGCUGUUGGAUCGAUAGUUAAGAAUUCUGAACCAGACCACGCCUUUAUUCGCUCUUUUCCAGUCUCUUUUUUAUCCAGUGAUGACUACAAAUCUCUCCUCUCUUACAUUAACUCCACAAAACAUCCAAAAGCGACUAUUCUUAAAAGUGAGGAAAUCUCUAAUCAAACAGCUCCACUCGUUGUUUCAUUCUCUUCUCGUGGUCCAAGCACCAUCGUUUCAGAUAUUCUCAAGCCAGAUAUAACCGCACCAGGAGUGGAGAUACUUGCUGCAUAUUCACCUGACAGUUCACCAACUGAAAGCGAGCUCGACACUAGACAUGUGAAAUUCUCUGUCAUGUCUGGAACUUCAAUGGCUUGUCCACACGUUGCAGGCGUGGCAGCCUACGUCAAGACGUUUCAUCCUAAAUGGUCUCCUUCCAUGAUCCAAUCUGCCAUCAUGACAACAGCUUGGCCAAUGAAUGCUUCUGGUCCUGGCUUUGUGUCAACUGAGUUUGCUUAUGGAUCUGGCCAUGUGAACCCAAUAGCUGCUAUUAAUCCUGGACUCGUCUAUGAAUUGACCACAGCAGACUACAUCGCUUUUCUCUGUGGUUUAAACUACACGAUUGAGGACUUACGAAUCAUCUCUGGAGACAACAUCACUUGCACGAAAGAACUUUCCAAGACAUUAUCAAGAAACCUGAACUACCCUACCAUGUCAGCUAAAGUAUCCGGAACACGACCCUUCAACGUAACUUUCCAGAGAACUGUCACUAACGUUGGUAUGAAAAACUCUACAUACAAAGCAAAGGUAGUCACAAGUCCUGGUUCUAAACUCCGCAUCAAAGUUUUGCCGCCUGUUUUGUCUAUGAAGUCGAUGAAUGAGAAGAAGUCUUUCAUGGUGAAAAUUUCAGGCGAUAGAAUCGGAACACAACAACCUGUGUCUGCAAAUCUAAUUUGGUUUGAUGGCACUCAUAAUGUAAGAAGCCCCAUAGUUGUUUAUGCUAUGAGCUAAAUGAGGCGAGACUUAAUUAAUUGUCAUCAUAUAUCUUAACUUAUAUUUGCCCUUGUGAUUACUAGUAAAGUAAAUGUAAUACAAGCCCAAGGGUCUAAUAAACAAUGUUCACAGCU